GUCGCAAAAAAUUAUUUUUGAGUGACCUUCGUUACUUCUCUAACACAUUUUUCCGUAUUAGCUUGAACAGUAUUUAUGAUUUUUCCAGAAUGAGAAAGCACUUUGUAUUGUUCUCAUUUCCAUUUCUUCUCCUAUCCUCCAUGCUGAUCUUCUAUCAGACAACUGUAUUUCGGAAUCAACUGAACGAAGAAAAUGACUACACGGGCGGUCCAAUCGUUCCAUUCAUGAAACGAUCCCUUGCUUUGCACUAUCAAACUUGUGAAUCUUUUCUGAACUCAUUGAAUACAACUGUUCCAGUCCUACUGAUUGAUGUUGAUGUACUCAAGAUGUUAGAUGAAAAUGCUUGUAAUCUACCAACUGGAAGACCAACAAAAAUUGGCGUGGACGUCAAAUAUCUAUCCGCCACGUGGCUCCUGCAAGAUUCCCGGUUUGAAAUUGUCUACUACACUAAUGAUACCGAAAAAGACUUUCUUGAUUUUAGAUCAGAACCCAGGAAAAUCAUUCCAAAAAAAUUCUCAACUUGUUGGGUUGAAAAUCUUGCAGUUCCAGCUGACAUCAAAUUAUUCGUGGAGUUUUGGAAACGUGCCAAAUUUGUCAACUGUAUGAAUUUGCACAUCCCAAGAGCCGGGUCUAAGGUUCGAAUGCCGGCGAGACCAUCAUCCGAAGUGUUAUCCCGUCUUCGAGACGAACUCAUAGAGAAUCGAAUGUUCCCAUUUUUAAAUGGCGGAACCCUUCUGGGAUGGUACCGCGAAUGUUCUGUAAUCCCACAUACGUUGGAUAUGGAUAUUUCUGUGUUUGCAGAGGAUUUUAAUUUGAAUUUUGUGGAACAAAUGGAGCAGAAUUUAUCCGAUUUUCGAAUUAAGAGGAAAUUCGGAAUGACUAAUGACUCGUUCGAGUUGACAUUGGCGCCGAAAACUGGAUUCAAAGUUUUUAUAGACGUGUUUCUAAUGUACAAGGGUGUGGAGAAUGGAUCGGUGACCCAUCAUUGGGUGGGUGGAGUUGCUCCCGACGGCACCAAGUACAAGUACUCCUAUCCUGUUUACGAUCCAUUCUGUGCAGCAGACCUCCACGGUCAUAUAUUUUGGGUCACUUGUACUCCGAACGAGAAAAUUGUGAAAGAGUAUGGCCAACUAUGGUACCUCGAUCACCUGACAUCAAAGUACUCAUGGAAUUCUUCAGGAAAAAAUGUGAAGAAGAACGGAAAAUGGACGAAGGAGCAGAUGAAAAUGGUCUACAAAGUGUUUAAACGGUAGCAAAGGAAAACUCUUUGUGUCGGGGUCGAACCUGCGACCUAUUUUGUCCAGGGAGAGCUUCUUACCGGCUACGGGGGUACCAUGCUUCCACUUAACUGCGCCCUGUGGCUCAGCCGGUAAGAGGUAUGACCUUGACUGGAAAGAUCACGGGUCCGACUUCCUGCCUAAUGAAUAUCCUGUUAACAUCCGGUCAACAUUUCAACGGGUAUUAGUUUUUUUUCUUUCAUUUCAUUUCAUUUCAUAAAAUAAAUUUUUAAUUUAUUUAUCUGAAAAU